AUGGAUAGAACACUGUUUCCUGUGAAUGACACGCACCCGGUGGAAUUGGCAGUCCAGUCGAUGCUUGGCCCAAACUUGGAAAAGCUCAACCGGCAGUUGGAGUCGUUGCACGAAAGUCAAGCCACACUUAUCAUGCGUCUCCAGAUAAUGCAAGCAGACUUGGAUCAGUUUGACAAGCGAUGUUUUGGCUCUGGCGUGGCAUCGGAACAAGCCCAAAUCGUCCAGCGUGUGACAGAGUUAAAGAAACGGUUGCGCGCGGUGAACAAAACGCUAGGCGUGGUGGCGGGGCGCAUGCAGGCGCGGGUACCUGCGACCUAG